UUGACGUUUAGACUCUAGCUUUAAGGAAGCGGUGAUAAAAUGUCUUGAUUUUAAUAAUUUUGAUGAGUUUGGAUAGACCAUAGUAAAUUUUGUUAUUCUCGAUUAUUUAAUUUAUGUAUAACUAGAAUUCGUUUUGUUUCUAAUAAGUAUUUAUGAACAUGAUUUAAAUAAUCUCGUUUUGUUGAAACAUGAAAGGGUAGUUGACAAGGUCUAUUACAAAACAGUUGUAAUUAGUCUGACUCUGAGUUUUGAAGCAGUUUGUUUUUGUCGUAAAAUUCAUCUUCUCGAUGCUUUUCCGCGUUAGUGAAUUAGUGAUUAUUAAACUAAGGUGGAAAUGGUUCGAGUAACUAGCCCAAUGUCAGGUCAAGAGGGUGUGAAAACUCCACAUCGUAUUGAGCUCUGUGAAGAAAAAAAUCCCAAACCUAAAAAAACUUACAGAAAACGAAGAAUUGUGGCGGCAACACCUACGAAGACUGAAAACGAAGAACAAACCUCUGAACCACCAAUUAAGAAAGAAAUUAAAUCAAAACCUUUAAAAACAAGUAAUGGCAUAAGUAACAUGACUAACGGAAAUAUAGUGAGGUCCAGAGCAGCCCGUGCAGCUGCCCGAUUGGCGGAAAGUCAUAAACUAACAGAAUAUUUCAAAGAGGAGAUCAAAAGUCCUAAAAUAGAACAUGUUCCCUCUCCACCAAUUGAAAAAUUUAAGACAGAAAUAGAUGAAAAACCAAAAGCAACAGAAGCUAAGUCUGUUAUCAGUAAUCAUAAGCUAACUGAGUACUUCCCAGUGCGGCGGAGUGUAAGAAAGACUUCAAAAUGUGUAAUGGCUGAAAAGAUGAGAGACUUAGAGAGGGCUAUAAGAGAACAAAAAGAAGAUGGAUUAAAGAUUGCCUACUUUGAUGGUAAAGGCCGUGGUGUGAUUGCAACCAAGCCUUUUCACCGAGGCCAGUAUGUAGUGGAAUAUGUAGGUGAACUUGUUGGUGUUGCUGAAGCCAGGGAACGUGAAUACAUGUAUGCUCAGGAUCCAAAUGCUGGCUGCUACAUGUAUUAUUUUAGACUGCAAGAUCAACAGUAUUGUAUUGACGCAACUCGUGAGUCUGGGCGUCUCGGUCGUCUAGUGAACCAUUCUCGUAACGGCAAUCUAUCAACCAAAGCUGUAUGGGUCGAUGGUCCUCGGCUCGUGUUGUUGGCCGCUCAAGACAUCUCCCCUGGAGAAGAACUGACUUAUGACUACGGCGAUCGUUCCAAAGAAUCGCUGCGUCACCACCCAUGGCUUGCGCUUUGACCUGUAUUGACUUCAGGAGUCUCAAAUGAACUGCUAAGGAUAAUUUAUUAUUAAAUUUAGCUGUUAAGUUUGUUUGUUACAAUUAUAUAAGGUUUGAUAUAAUGUAGUGGGACAAGUGGCCUAGAAUAAUUUUGAUACUCGGAUAGGGUGGUUCAUGUACACUGUACAGUGUACAGCCUUAUGCCACUAUCACUGUUUGAAAUAUCUGAAAUUUUUAAACUCCAAAAAAAAUACAAGUUGCUACAUAAAUAAUUGACUUUAUUAUCAUCAUCAUUAAAUAGUCAAAACCAGUAUGAUGAGGUACAAUUAUGCUUUUUAAUUGGUUUGGCUAAGUUCUUCGUUUAACAUCCGUUUUCUUUUCAACUGUUCUAUUAAAAGUUCUGCAAAAAAUUGACUUCAACAUCGGGACAUUAUAUUCAGAUAUUUAAAUCCUAAAUAAUAAUAUUAAGACAGUAAAGUCCUGAAUUAUAAAAAUCAUAUUUCUGUUUUAUUAAAUUUUUCCAAGGGGCGUGUCCCAAUAAUACUAGUUAAAUUUAAUAUAAAGAUCGGACAAACUUUUAUAAGUAUUUCCAAUGACAUCAGUAUUUGUGGUAUUUGUUAUGAAUAUCUACUUAAAGUGACAAAGAUAGUCUAGGCUAAUAAUAUUUUAGACAAGUUAUAAUAGUAUAUCCACUGCUACUAAGAUCUCUAUUAGUACUGUACAAGUAAUAUUAUCAGUUUCAUAAAAGGAAGUGGUUCAAUUUAAAAGUAGACCUGUAUUCUAAGUCCCUCUAUCUAAACUAAAUUGCUUGUUUACAUUGUUUGAAGUGUAAAAAAAAAACAUAUUUUAGGUAGUGAAAUAGAUUAGUUAAUAUAAAGUUAAGGUUCAGUUAUAAUAUGGUUUUAACAUCUGUUGGUUAUACAGAACAUUUAGAACAAGAUUGGAUUUUGAUUCUUUUAAGAAUACAGGUUAUAAGAGAAACAUAAUUGUCAUUCUAAGAGACUCGAAUUAUGUAUGGACUGCCUUAGCUAAUGUUAAGGGAUGCCAAUAACUAGAGGAGUUGUUCAAAAUAUACAUUUAAAUUUCUGACUGAAAACGCUGUAAAGAAUGUGAGACAUUGUAAAACACCGCAUGAAGAUAGUACUGCCCCUGCAGCAUGUUCUGAAGAUUUUUCGUUUGUUAUUGUAGCUAUCAUUAAAAUUACAAUAUACUCAAUUCUCAAAUUAAGUUCAAACAGCAACUCGAAUAAGUAUCUAUAAAUAAGAAUAGUUAUUAAUUUUAUUUGAGGUAAAACCUAGGUCAUCGCAUAAACUGACAUUUUUGGGAUUAAAAUCUGCAUAUAUAAACAUGAUUAUGUAAAAUCCACCAGUUUAUAGGAAACAAAAUGUAAUAGAGUAUGCUUGGUAAAUGUUAAAAUCAAUAUAUAAAAGAAUUUCUUUAGAAACUUCCAAUAAUUUAUUUUUAAUAUGUAUAGUACAUAAUUCACAACAACAGUUGUAUUACUUAUUACCAAGAAAUUAUAUUUUUUUUGUAAGAAGAACUUGUAAAGUAACAAAUAAUAAAUGGCUUAACAGACAAAUUAUCAAAAAUUAUUUUUAAAAGCGUUUGUGAUAUACCUUUAUGUAUAAACUAUACUUUUUGGCGAUAAUGUUCCCAAAUCCCAUAGUGUUCUAUAGAAUAUGUAGCCGUCCACAGACUAAAUAGUGGAAGUUCGACUAGCCCUUCACAUGUGUUUCCAAAGUAUUUUGUUCAUUUAAAAUUUACCCAUUAAAAAUCAUUAUAUAAUGUUAUAGUUGUAUAAAUAGUGGUUAUUACACCAAGUUGUACGAGAGUGAAGUUUGCCAGACGUUGAAAUUUUUUUUUGCUUUUUACUUAUUAUUUAUUUUCAUUCUUGUUAAAUUCUAUUUCUCCCCUACUAAAAUUUCUUUUAACGUUUGGCGUCCCUCGUAAUUUUUAUGUUUUUUUGCACUACAAUUUAGUUCCUAAAUCGUUGGUAAAUUAAUUAAUAUAAAUGCUUAAAUUAUCUAACAUCAUAAAUUAUAAGUAUUCUGAUGUUUUCUCAAAUAGGCUAUGUAUAAGAGUAAUAUAUUUUAAAAUUAAUUGCAUUUUAUGAAAUUAAGUAGAACGUUACAAUAGAUGUAGAUUUAGUUCGCUUAUUGUGUAUUGUAGGCGCACAUUAUAGGAAGACGAUAUUUCGAAGACUGCGUGAUAUGGAACUCCAUAUGUAACAGGAGAUAUUUAUCACAUACAGAUUAUGUACAAAAAUUACUCAAAGGCAAAAAAAUAUUUUUUCCAGAAUUUUUUAGUACUUCGAUACCCUUUUGAGUUAAACCAAUUGCACGAUAAUAGAUGUCCUACUCAGGUACACCAAAUAUACAAAUGACAUAUUUUUAUAAGAAUGAAAUUUUAGUUAAGGCUAUUUAUGUUUUAUGUGUGUAAAAUUAAAUACUGUGAAUAGUGAAUAUUCAAUGUGAAGGGCUAUUUUUAUGAAUAGCGAUUUUGUAAGACUUAAUAUAUGUGGGCUGAUGCACUGCCCUAAUUAUUGUAUAAUUAAUCAGUAGAAAAUUGAGUGAAAUAAACGAAUACAUAUUUA